GGGCGCAGAGGAUGUUUUUGCAGUUUUGGCCGGUGUGUAGUUGCUAUCGCCAUAAUGGAGACUUCCCAGUGUCUGUUUGGCGUCGUUGUGGUGGUUAUUGUUCUGGUUUUUGACGUUACUGCUCAGCGUCACUGGAUGCCCCCUCUACAGAAAUACCAACCUUCUCUUCCUGUUCAGCAGCCUAAACAAGAGUGGGCGGCCCCUCCGUCUGCAGCUCCUUUCGACAAGUGUCAGGUGGAGGAGGAUGAGAAGAUCCGGUGUGGGGCUCCAGAUAUCACCGCGGAGCAGUGCGCAAACAUAAACUGCUGCUUUGAUGGGCGCCAGUGCUACUAUGGGAAAGCAGUGACGGUGCAGUGUACCAGGGAUGGCCAGUUUGUGGUUGUUGUGGCCAGAGAGGCCACCACGCCACCCAUAGACGUGGACUCAAUUAACCUGUUGCAAACAGAUGAUGCCCUGUGCGCCGCUGUUGGCGUCACCUCUGCCUUUGUCAUCUUUCAGCUUCCUGUGACGGCAUGUGGCACAACAGUGAAGGUGGAAGAGGGUUAUGUGGUGUAUGAAAACCACAUGUCGUCGUCUUACGAGGUGGGAAUCGGGCCCAAAGGAUCAAUCACCAGGGACAGCCAUUUUGAGUUAUUGUUCCAGUGUAGGUACUCUGGCACGUCUGUGGAGGCUCUCGUCAUGGAGGUGAACCCUCUUCCCCCUCCUCUGCCGGUCGCGGGUGCAGGAUACCUCAGAGCGGAGCUCCGACUGGGCAACGGACAGUGUCACUCAAAAGGAUGCGUGCCGGAGCAAGCGGCGUAUAGCACCUUCUACACUGCAUCGGACUACCCAGUCACUAAAGCGUUGAGCGAGCCCGUCUACGUUGAGGUUCGUCUCCUGGAGAGGUCUGAUCCGCACAUCACCCUGAACCUCGAGCACUGCUGGGCCACCUCAACUCCAAAUCCUCACAGCCUGCCGCAAUGGGAACUUCUGGUCGAUGGGUGUCCGUACCAGGACGACCGAUACCUGACCAUAGUGGUUCCUGUUGAUGGUUCCUCUGGGCUCCAGUUCCCAACGCACCACAAACGUUUCAUCAGUAAAAUGUUCGCGUUUGUGGAUCCAAGCACCUUCACGCCGCAGAAAGACGAGGUAUUCUUCCACUGUACUACAGUGGUGUGUCAUACAAGCAGCGAGAACACUUGUGAGCAGUCGUGUCACCGUAAACGAAGAGCAGUGGCCACAGGAACAAACGCCUCCAGCCUGGGAGAUCUGGUCUCGAGCGGUAAGGUGAUCCUGACGGCGCGGAGGACCACACCUGCACCAGACGCCAAACUGAGGCGAUGACGGUCGUCUGUCAAAUUUUUAAUAAAAAGCUUGUAAAAGCUCAGCCGUA